AUGGGGGAGGUACAUGUAGCAGGGCCCCUAACCCAGCCCAGGAAGAUGAAGGAGAGCUUCCUGGAGGCAGAGGCACCUGAGCCGAGACCUGAAGGCAGUCUCUGUUGCUUAAUAAGGAAAAGGGAGAAAAACCACCUGCUGCUGUUAGAGGCCGCAGAGCACCCGGCAGCCUCCUGGACGGCCCGCUCCAGCCACACGCGGGGCACUGGGACACCUAAGAAGCAGCGGAAAGAACGGAGUAGGGGUCGGCCGGUGCGCUCCGGCCGGGACGCGGACGCCCAGCCUGGACCCCGUGUUUAUCGCGGGGCUGCUGGGUGCGUGCUCCGCGCCGCUCACCUGCUGCGGCUCGGCUCCUCGCGGUGGGCGAGGGGGAGCACAUCAGCGCACUUAAGAACCUGUUGGGGAGAUGAGUUCAUGGGGUCAGAAAGAAGGGAACAUCCUUUGGGCCACCCUUUGGGUCCCCGGCACUGCCACCGGCAGCGCCAGCUGGAGCAGGAGGUCCGCCCGAGAGCCGCCGAGGCAGCGGUUUCACGCGGAGCCUGUCCCCCAGCGGCGCUUGAGGUGGCUGGAUGUGGGCUUGAGCUAUUCCUGGCGCAGACGCCCACCAGCACCGAGGCUCCCUACACCUUAGAUGUAUGGUUGCUAGGCUGGCGGCACAAGAAGCCUGGUGCUGAAGUAGUCAGGUUGGCAUUGGAUUACAAUGCCAGGACCCACUUCCCAAAGGGGGUAGCAGGGAUGUCCCAGCUCACACUGGCAGUGGCCGUGUUAAUCUGCGAAUUGCAGCAGCCAACACCACCUUCCCCGGACUUCAGAGCUGUGGAGCCCCUGGAGGACUGCCUGUGUGAUUCUGGCGAAAGGACUGUGUAUGUGCUGUGA